UGCUAUAAAACCAUGCUUUUUCCCAUGCAACACUCGGACCGGGGCUGCUUCGGCGCACAGGAGCGGAUCGGCUCGGCUCGGCUUGGCUUGGCUUGGCUUGGCUUUCCGUGCCAUGAACUGCGCGCUACUGGAAGGCUCCGACAUGGAAUCCACAGAGAGCUGGAUUGAAAGGUGCCUGAACGAGAGUGAAAGCAAACGAUUUCCAAGCCACAACCCUCUGGGAAAUGUGUCCAUCGGCGAGGAACAUGAAGAAAAGGAAAACAACCGAGCCUCGAAACCACACUCCACCCCGGCAACCCUACAGUGGCUGGAGGAGAACUACGAGAUUGCCGAAGGCGUCUGUAUCCCGCGCAGUGCCUUGUACAUGCACUACCUGGACUUCUGCGAGAAGAACGACACGCAGCCUGUCAACGCCGCCAGUUUCGGGAAGAUAAUUCGACAACAAUUUCCACAACUAACAACAAGAAGAUUAGGAACAAGAGGUCAGUCAAAGUACCAUUAUUACGGGAUCGCGGUGAAGGAGAGCUCCCCUUACUACGACGUUAUGUAUUCCAAGAAAGGGGCUGCCUGGGUAAAUGAGACUGGCAAGAAGGAGGUCGCGAAGCAGACAGUAGCUUACUCACCCCGCUCCAAGCUCGGCACCCUGUUGCCCGAAUUCCCAAAUGUCAAGGAUCUAAACCUGCCAACCAGCCUGUCAGAGGAGAAGGUUUCCACCUUCAUUAUGAUGUACCGUACUCACUGUCAGAGGAUCCUGGACACAGUGAUCAGGGCAAACUUCGAUGAGGUUCAGAGUUUCCUGUUGCAUUUCUGGCAGGGAAUGCCCCCACACAUGCUGCCUGUGCUGGGCUCGGCCACUGUGGUCAACAUCGUCGGGGUCUGCGACUCAAUCCUCUACAAGGCCAUCUCCGGGGUUCUCAUGCCCAGUGUGUUGCAAGCAUUACCAGACAGCCUCACUCAGGUGAUUCGUAAAUUUGCCAAGCAGCUGGACGAGUGGCUGAAGGUCGCACUUCACGAACUUCCUGAGAACUUGAGGAACAUCAAGUUUGAAUUGGCAAGAAGAUUUUCGCAAGUUCUCAGGCGCCAGACCUCCUUAAAUCACCUGUGCCAGGCAUCGCGAGCAGUGAUCCACAGUGCUGACAUUACGUUCCAGAUGCUGGAGGACUGGCGUAGUGUGGACCUCAGCAGCAUCAGCAAACAGACCCUGUACACCAUGGAGAGCUCACAGGACCAGCACCGGAAACUCAUCAUUAAAUUGUAUCAGGAAUUCGAUCGGCUCCUGGAGGAGCAGUCUCCCAUUGAGUCCUACAUCGAGUGGCUGGAUUCCAUGGUCGACAGAUGUGUCGUCAAGGUAUCGGCAGCACGUCCAGGCAGCCUGAAGAAAGUGGCCAGACAGUUCCUGCUGAUGUGGUCCUGCUUCGGGACAAGGGUGAUCCGGGAUAUGACUCUGCACAGCGCUCCGAGCUUCGGGUCCUUCCAUCUGAUCCACCUGACAUUUGAUGACUACGUACUCUAUCUGCUGGAGUCCCUUCACUGCCAGGAGAGGGCCAACGAGCUGAUGAGGUCCAUGAAGGGAGAAGGUUGCACAGUGGGCCGGCAGGAGGAAGCAUUGCCAACUGAUCACAAUCCCCCAACGCAAUCCCCUCCGCCUUUCUCUCCGGAUAAAUCCGUCACAGCUGAGAUCCAACCAACGUCACCCACCAACAACCAGUCGCCGGAGUACACUGGAGUUACCACAGCAGGAGCGGUGCAGUCCUACACAUGGUCCCUGACGUACACCGUCACCACCGGAGCGGCUUCUCCCGACAACACACAGCCGCUGCCCUGCAUGAGGAGUAACCACGUGGCUCCCGCAUCCACAACGCACAGGAUGCCAGGGUACACGCACAGAGAGCAGCACGGGUACACAGGAGGCUACAAUUAUGGCAGUUACAGCAAUCAGCCUGCACUCCCCAUCCAGAACCAAUACCCAGCCCUCACGCAUGACAGCCUCUCCUCACCUCUGCCAUACUCCGCAUACCACCGGACUGCAUCACAGUACCCCUUCAAUGGGCAGAGUCCGCGAAUGGAGCCUUGCCUGAUGAAUACCAGUCCGCGGCUCCAGAGCACAGCUGUGACCCCACGCUGGCCCGACAUGGCAUCGGCCAACAGCUGCUAUGCCGGCGCCUCAAUGCACUCCGGCCGGUAUGGGGGCUCGGGCGAGAUGUACACCCCGCUCGCUCCCCGCAGGAGUGCCGACUACGAGCACACGCAACAUUUCCCUGGCUUUGCCUACAUCAACGGUGAGGCCUCCACUGGAUGGGCCAAGUAGGCCGGAGCUGGGAUGGUUGACUUUGCCUGGAUUGACGUCUCCAGUGGGGAACUGCCAACAGAAAAUGCUGCAGGAAAGCAAGGCAACCUCUGCCGAUGCACCCCACCUUCCCACCAGAGGAUUGAGGAGGGCACUUCAAACGGGAACCUCCCUGUCAUUUCCCAGAGACACUGAGUUGGGACUUAGGGAAGCCACAGUCCUUAAACUAGGCACUCUACCCUGGGAGCAACAUAUACACAUUGCUGCCUCAUUCACCCUCAAUCUCCUACAUCCUCUGCUCCAGAAAGAACAUUCCCAACAUUAACACAAGGGAUUCUGCUGAUGCUGGAAAUCCAGAGCAACACACACAAAAUGCUGGAGAAACUCAACAGGUCUUGUGGAACGCCAAUAGUGCAAUCACUUGAGUGAGUAUGAUGUUCUCCCAGGGAGUUAUUCCCUUAAUGGAGAACGCCUGUGUAUGACUUUGUCUAAUGUGGGGAGGCUGAUGCACGGGCAGCCAUCACACUCUUUGACAGACUGGGGUCAGGGUCCAGUGGCCUGGAAAUCAAGACGACUGGGGACCUUUCACUGCUAUAGCCUUCCUCCCCCUUCACUGCCAUUCUGAUGUGACAUCAUUGUCCACUAGCUCCACCACGUUCUGAUGUGACAUCAUCGUCCACCAGCUCCACCACGUUCUGAUGUGACAUCAUCGUCCACCAGCUCCACCGCUGAGCCCUUGCUUGGAUCAUCGUUUGUCUGGAACCCUUUGCCAGAUGCCAUCGUUCACGGGAUCUCAGGAACUCACAAGCUUCACCACCAUGACAAAGUGAUGAUCCUUGGAGAAGAUGGAAGUGCAGUGGGAACCUGAGGCUGCCUGGUGAGUGAUGGGGAGCAAUGUUUGCUCCAGCUUGGGACAGCUUUCGUUUCCUGUCCUCCAUCAGCCACCAACCACAUCGUCAAAGUUUCCUCCCCAGACCUUUUCCAGGGCACAGCAGGUACCCUCAGCCAUUCCCAGACCCUGGAUGCCAAUGUAGAGGCUGCCAUAGGAGAUGUCAGUUGAUGGAAUCUGUAGGUCAAGCAGCAUCUGUGGGGAGAAUGCUUUGGGGAUAAACAUUCUGGUUUUGGAAGUUGUCGCUGCAUUGCAUGACGCAGUGAACUGGAAAGACCUACUCAGCUCAGACCUGCUGAUAACUGAUUCAGACCUAUUUUUCACACGUACAUGCAAACAUACAGUGAAAUGUGUCCUUUGCAUUAACAACCAACACAGCCCAAGGGUGUGCUGGAGGCAGCCUGCCGGUGUCGUCACACAUUCCAGCACCAAAUGUAGGUUGUGCUCGACGCCCAGGAGCCUUUUGAACUGGAGGACAAUUGUGGACUGGUGUAUCCAUCUUUGUCUCCCGAAGGCCAGCAGCAUUGACUCCUGACGUGGAUCUGCUCUGCAGUACAUAACCGCAACAAGAGGUACAGUACCUUGGGGAACAGAGAAUUUCACCAGACCUCUUUAUAUAGUGACAGGAACCCUUCAGAUACACAAUGCUGUGCCUUAGAAAUCAGCUGUGUUUGUGUGAAAAUGCUUAUCUAACUUUCUCCUGUACAUUGACAGACCAGAUGUUGAAUAACUUGUCUCAAGCCUGGCACUAUAAUGUGUUUGUCCACUGGUUAAUUAACAUAGUUCUUUCUUUGUAAGUCUUACAAUUACGAAACGCACUCAGCAGGUUAUAUGGGCAUAUUACCCUAUGGGUAAGGUGGAUAAGUGACAAAUAACACAAGAAACACUAGUUUUUUUUUGUAAAUAAAAGCACUGAGAGCACUGUGUGUGGUAACGAUGGCUAGGCGGAAUGCUGAGGUACAUAGUAUUAUUUGUACAGAUGUGCAAGAUAUAUGAAGG